AUGGGAAACAUAAUAACUCUGCAAGUGGGGCAGUGCGGUAACCAGAUAGGAAGCGAGUUCUGGGAAAAGGUAUGCACGGAGCAUGGAAUAUCCGACACCGGAGAAGUGAUGUGCGAUAGAGGAAACGACAGAAAGGACACUUUUUUCUACGAGUCGUAUGAUGGCAGGCAUUUUCCUCGGGGGAUUCUUAUUGAUUUAGAACCCAGGGUUGUCUCCUCCAUCACGCAAGAAAAGCCGCACCUAUUUAGUCCGGAAAACAUCUGGGUAGGCGCCGAGAGCAGAGGAGCUGGAAAUGUCUGGUCAAGCGGGUACCAGCAGGGAAAGGAAAACCAAGAGUUUCUUCUGGAAAUGAUCCACAAAGAAGCAGAAAGCAGCGACCUUCUGGACGGGUUUAUUCUGUUCCACUCGGUGGGGGGUGGGACUGGCUCCGGGCUGGGGUCGUAUCUUCUUGAAGAAAUACGGGACAGGCUUCCGAAGAAGGCGGUGCAGACAGUCUCCAUAUUCCCAAACAACUCCGAGAUGAGCGAGUCUGUGGUCCAGCCGUACAACACAAUACUCACUCUGAGAAGACUGAUGCAGCAGGCAGAUGGAGUUAUAGCAAUGGACAAUGGGUCGCUGUCGUCUGUGAUUGGCGACACCCUGAAAGUAAGCACGCCCACAAUGGCGCACACAAACAAGCUUGCGUCUUCUGUGGCUGCUGCGUCUACCUCCACUCUGCGGUUUCCGGGGAGCAGAUUCAGCGACAUUUCCACGCUUCUCGCGAUGGCCUCUCCAAUCACAGGAUGCCACUUCCUGGCUCCUUCGUACUCGCCGUUUAUAGAGAACAGCACGGGCAACAUCCGAAAAACAACGUGCUUGGACGUGCAAAGGCGGCUUGUUCUCCCCAAGUCGCGGCUGAUAGGAUUUGAAGAGAGCGAGACCAACAAAGUCAUCUCCUCUAUCAAUAUUAUGAUGGGCACAGAUGCCGGGGAGGUGGAGAAGAGCCUCAUGCGACUGCGGCAAAAGGAGGUGAUUAACUUUGCUCCGUGGGCGCCUGCAAGCAUCCAGAUGGCAAUUUCAAAGGCGCCGUGCGAAAGCGUCUCUGGGCUGCUUCUUACGAACAGCACAGGCUUCUCGCGCACUCUGCAGAAGAUAUCGGCACAGUACGACGCGCUGAAGAAGCGAAACGCCUUUUUGGACAUGUACAAAAAAGAGGGAAAUGAAUAUAUAAACGAGUUUGAGCCCGCCCGAGAGGCCGCGCAGUGGAUUAUAGACGAGUAUAGGAGGGCCGAGCUGUCUAACUAUCCGGAGAUGAGAGAGGUUUAG